GGUGGAGUGCGGCGUCUGGGCGGUGCCGGUGCGCAUGCAAGUAACCGCUGGUCCGAUGGCAGGCUCAUCAGAUCGGCGCGGGAGCCAACGAUCUUUAAGGCGCCAUGCCCUCGUCAGCCGGGUCCUCCUCUUGACUCCUCUCUUCUCCUUCUCGGCUUCUCAUUCACGGAGGCAGGAGGCAGCCGUCUCUGCGGUGCGGCGCGGCUGCGCGUGCCAGGAUUGGUGUUCCAAGGUUUCCCGUUCGCAGAGAUCUCUCAGCUCAGCUGGAUCGACUUGCUCAAGUUCUGGUUACAGAUUAAUUUCACGGCUGUAGCCUGUAGGUCUGCGUAAAAGAUGUGCUGUGAAAGAUGCAAACGGAGGGAUGAACGCGACUACUGCAGUUUGGAUGAUCGGGAGAAAUAUUUCUUGAUUUUUAUGGAGGAUGGUUGUGCUCAUGAGAUGAUUGUUCCAAAUGAAUUUGUGAGACGUUUCAGCGGUGAGAUCCCAGGAGAGAUCGAGCUAGAAACACGAAAUGGUCAGACUUACACUGUUGGAGUUUCCAAGUAUCCAGAUAAACUAGUCCUUACAGCAGGAUGGGGGGCAUUCGUCAAAACCUAUGACCUACAGAUAGGCGACUCUGUGGUAUUUAGAUACGAUGGAGACUCUCAGUUUAAUGUCAUAGUUUUCGAUCGAUUUGGCCGUGAGAAAGCAUCAUCUGUUGUUGCGGUUGCGGACAAUGAUCCUCUGUCCCCACAUGAGCAGGAAAAGAACAGAGUUUCUACUGAAAGUUUGAACCGUUCUCAUAGUUAUCCUCAGCGCAUGGAAGUGCAGUCACCAACUGAAAAUGUGAACCGCUCUCAAGGGCAUCCUCAGGCGAUGCAAAUGCCAUCACCUACUGAAAAUGUGAACCUCUCUCAAGAGCAUCCUCAGCCAAUGCAAAUGCCACCACCUACUGAAAAUAUGGACCGUUCUCAGCGACAUCCUCAGCCCAUGCAUAUGCAAUCACCAACUGGAAAUGUGGACGGUUUUGUUGGUUUAAGUCGUCACAUGGAAGUGCAAUCGCCUACUGAAAAUGUGAACAGUUUUGUUGGCCAUAGCGAGCCGACGCAAAUGCAACCGCCUACUGACACUAUGAAUCACUGUAGUUAUCAUCCUCAAACCGUGCAGAUGCAAUUAUCAUGUAGCCACACCGAGAGACAGUCAAAGCUUCAAAAUGAUUACUCAAAUCAGGGUAACAAGACAGCAACGAGUCCUUCAGGAGAUUCUUUGCCCCCAGAAGAUGAUAUUGAAGUGUGUGAGGAACCUAGAUACAUGCUUGGGAGGAAGAACCGGUUAAGUUCUGCACAGGUGAAGGAAGUUGAUGAGAUGGUCCAACAUAUUCAUCACGAGAACCCAAUCUUCGUGGCCGUGAUGAGCAAGUGCAAUGUUACAGGAUCAUUUCAUCUAAGUGUCUCCAAACAAUAUGUCAAGAGAUAUAUGGGAAAUAAGGUGCGGUGCAUAUGUCUUCAGCGAUGUGGUAAGAAGUGGGAAGUGCAUUUUGGUGGUAGGCCUGGCGAAAAAAGGAUUGUAGCUGGCUGGCGAAAGUUUGUAAAGGACAAUGAUCUUGAGAUUGGUGAUAUCUGUAUCUUUGAAUUGUUGAAGAAUUACAUGAUGUGCACAAUUGAAGUCCAUAUCAUCCACAUAAAGGAUUUAGAUAGCUCCUCCCAAAAUGGUUGCAACAAAGUCAAGCGCUCUUCUAAAAUUGUGGCAUGUUCUCAUUCUCGUCCUGAGCUCGUGCCUACUCAAACUAUGAAGCAUUCUAUGGUUCGCCCUCAGUCCACACAAACACAAUCACCUCCAAUUAAAAGAAAGAUGCCACUUCAAAGGGUUAAGACCCUAGGCAGAGAAAGAGAUUCUUUGUUCUCAGAAGAUAGCAAUGGCGAUGUAGACACUUUGACUGAUUACAUUGCUGUGCAUAAGAAACGCCUAACUCCAAUUCAGAAGAGAGAAGUGAAGAAGAUGGUCCAAUCCAUUGAUUCAGAAAUUCCUAUCUUUGUGGUCGUUAUGCACAAGACCAAUGUUACUAGAAGAUUCACUCUAAGCAUCUCCAAGAAAUAUGCUGAGAAAUAUCUGGGAGGUGAAGUGCAGAGAAUCUGGCUUGAGCGGCUUGGCGAGAGGUGUCAAGUGAAUUUAGGACGUCGGCCUCAAGACACAAGGGUUGUAGGUGGAUGGGCAAAGUUUGUGAGAGACCAUGAGGUGGAGGUGGGUGAUAUUUGCCUCUUCGAGCUGCUGAAGAAUCGGGUUUCAUGCACGAUGAAAGUCCAUAUCAUCCGCGCAAAGAAUGUCAGUUGAUCAAUACGCCAUUCCUGUCAUCGCUAAUGAUUUUGGUGUGUUGCUAAGCUGUUGGGUUACUUAGUUUAUGCUUAUCUUUAGUUAAUUUGCUAGCACCUUCAGGUUAAUUAGCUGUUUGUGUAAUAAUGCAGAUGAUUACUGGAACAUGUAUACUGUUUGGAUACUGUACUGAAUCAAUAAUGUUAGUUAAUGGUGGCAGCAGGUUUUCAUCCCAGGGUGGCCUAGUCGAGCCGGCUUGAGUCAUA